AUGACGGGCACGGCUCCCCGUGAGAUGAAGGAAGAGGCGGAUCCCAAGAAGGCUCCGCAGGGCGGUCCAGAGGAUGGCAAGAAGAAGUCCUUCAAGCGCUACGUCCUCCUCGGAGUGGGCGCUGUGCUCGCGCUGGUUGCGGCCUACGUUUACAAGAAGGGCGGCAAAGAGGAGCUGAUGAGCAUCACCCGAGAGACGCUGCUGUCUUUGCAAUCGCUGCGGGACUAUGGGGCCUUUGGCUAUGUGGCCUUCAUCCUUGCCUUUGUCACCAUGCUUACAUUGUGUCUUCCUGGAACUAUGGCGUGGUGCCCAGUGAUGUAG